AAGAGCACGUGCGCAGCGGUGGCUCCAGAGCCACGGGGGACCCCGAUCUGAACUCCAGCUGCUGAAUUAGAAUGAGUUGGGAGCUUGCUGCCCGACCGUGGAGCUGAGCCUCGCUUCAGUAAUGUGCCCCGAGGUACAGUGCCACCUGAGUAGAAGCUCUCUAUAAUGCAUCUCCCGGGGACGGCAGUUGUAGCCGAAGAGAAUGCUGGAACCCGUAGCGAGAUUUCUGUCUGAGAUGGAAAGAUGUUUCACUCUCAUUUUAUCAAGUGCUGUUGCUUUCAGCUAUGUAACGUUUUCCGAUCCCAUGAAAUGGAAAUUGACCAGUGCUUGCUGGAGUCCCUCCCCCUGGGCCAACGGCAGCGGCUGGUGAAACGCAUGCGCUGUGAGCAAGUCAAAGCGUACUAUGAGCGAGAGAAAGCUUUUCAGAAGCAGGAGGGGCUCCUGAAGAAGCUGAAGCAUGGGAAAAACCAGAAGGUUCACUUUAAUCUUGCUGACAUGAUACAGGAUGCCAUUAUCCACCAUGAUGACAAAGAAGUGCUGCGACUCCUGAAGGAGGGGGCCGACCCCCACAUGCCUGUGUCCUCCGGAGGGUCCCUGCUCCAUCUGUGUGCUCGGUAUGAUAAUGUCUUCAUCGCAGAGAUCCUGAUUGACAGAGGGGCCAAUGUCAACCACCAGGAUGAAGACUUUUGGACGCCAAUGCACGUUGCCUGUGCGUGUGACAACCCUGACGUUGUCCUGCUGCUUCUAUUAGCUGGAGCCAAUGUCCUUCUCCAGGACGUCAAUGGAAACAUCCCACUGGAUUAUGCCGUGGAAGGCACUGAAUCGAGCUCCAUCCUGCUGACCUACCUGGAUGAGAAUGGAGUGGAUCUCACCUCACUGCGGCAGAUGAAGCUUCGGAGACCGGUGAGCAUGUUAACAGACGUCAAACACUUCCUGUCCUGUGGAGGAAACGUUAAUGAGAAAAACGAUGAUGGCGUAACACUGUUGCACAUGGCAUGUGCCAGUGGCUACAAGGAAGUAGUGUCUCUUCUCCUGGAACAUGGCGGGGACCUCAACGCUGCAGAUGAUGAGUACUGGACCCCGCUUCACUUGGCAGCAAAGUAUGGCCAGGCAAACCUGGUGAAGCUUCUUUUGAUGCAUCAGGCAAAUCCACACCUUCUGAACUGCCAUGAGGAGAAGGCUUCAGACGUCGCCGCGUCGGAGUUGAUUGAGGAAAUGCUGCUGAAGGCCGAGUCUGCCUGGGAAGGAAGAACGCAGGCGCCUCUCUGUGUGCAGACCUUGGCCCAAGAGGACCCUUACGAAGAGAUCGUCCCUGACCUUCCGGUCCUUCCCAGCAAGCUCAGUCCCCUGGUAUUGCCAAUCGCCAAGCAGGACAGCUUGUUGGAAAAAGACAUUAUGUUCAAAGAUGCAACAAAAGGUCUGUGCAAGCGACAGUCUCAGGACAGCACAGUGGAGAACGCCGCCCUGCACGGCCCCACCAAGCCUGAGCAGGUCAAGCUGAUGCCUCCCGCUCCCAAUGAUGACCUGGCGACGCUCAGCGAGCUCACCGACAGCAGCCUGCUUUACGAAAUUCAGAAGCGCUUUGGGAACAAUCAGAUUUACACUUUUAUUGGGGAUAUCCUCCUCCUGGUUAAUCCAUUCAAGGAGAUUCCAAUUUAUUCCACCGUGGUGAGUGUAAAAUUUAAACUGUCCUUUAACAAUGUAGAGUAA